AUGUCUCAAGACUCCUGUGCUCUCAAUGCUUAUGGCUCCCUCAAGGACGCUUCUGAGAUCAAGUUCUACAACGAUCCUGAUGACGAUGUCCCAUUGCCACAGGUCCCAUCAGCAGCAUCCAUGACAAAUGCCUUCUCCAUUCUACUCAAGGCUGGACGCACCCCAGCAACUGUCACAGGUGGUUCUUGGCACUCUGGCUGCCCUACAAAGCCCUCAGCUCAUGUUCAUGAUGCUGACAAUGCCUGUUCUUCAUCCUCGGGCACAAGGAAGUGUGAUGACGAGGUUGUCCCUUCUUCUCCCCCUGAUCUAGACAAACCAGGCAAACCAUCCUCUGAUGAACCAAUCCCUCAACCAGACAAUGACAAGGCUGAUGAAGCUCAAUCCAAGAGUGGAGACACCACUCAGACAGUUUCCAAAAGUGAAUGUACAGCAGGUGUCCAUACAAUAUUCACCCGUGCUUCUGACAGGUGGGUCUGCAACCUGUGCAAGGCUGCUGGUGAACCAGUCUCAAGGCACACAUUUCAUGGUGGCACUUCAACAUUGUGGACGCACAUUUAUACACAUCCAUCUUUAACCGAAAAAGAUAUCCCGCAUCACACCAAGUUAAUGAAUACCAUCAAAUCUCGAGUGACAACCGUGGGCGAAACUAUCAAGAACUGUCUGGCGGUUGGAUGGAUGAUGCCAGAUAACGCUUCAAAUAAUGACACUGCCAUGAGGGAAGUUGCAAGAGUCAUAAAUGAGGAUGAUGAGGAUGCUAUUAUUGAAGAUGGUUUUGAUGUUGGUGACGCUGUUGGAAAAGCACUGGCUCUCAUCAAACAGAUUUGCAAAUCACCGCAAGCCCAAGCAUUCUUCAGAAAAUUGUGCAAGGAAGAAGGUGUUGCCGUUCGCAAGAUUUUGACAUGGGUGAGAACACGCUGGGCAUCCUUGUUCAAGUGCCUCAAGCGCUUCUUGUCUCUUUGCCUGUUUGAUAAGUAUUAUGAAGCACUGCCAGGCCCAGCAUUGCAUGUCAAAGAGCCCAUGGCCAUGUUGACAACAAAAGGUUCUAUUUGGUAUGAAUCAGUACCUGUGCCUGGGCCAAGCCUGGAGGCCACGGCUUUCACUCUUAUUUGCAGUCUGUGUGCGGCAAUUACCAAACAGCUGUACAGUUCACACAGACCGCUGUAUGGGGGCCUUGUAGCCCAAAAUGAAUUCUAUUCUGAUGGUGAGGAAGCACCUAGACACCCUAAAUGUGUUCCUGUGCCAUCAGCCAAGGUAGUUAGUGCAGACAACACUGCUGAACUGGAAUUGCCCUCCCACAGGAAUGCUCAUAAUGCCAGUCGCACUGCCAGCGCUGCCUUGCGACCUUCCUCACACACUCAAACUCCCAUCACUGAAUUUGAAAGGGAUGAUCAUGAGUCCAAUGGUGAAUUGAAUUUGAAACGGCUCAGCAAAGGAAAAAAAUGCGCGCGCACUCCCAAGGAUGACAAUGAGUCACCACCUCCAGAUGAACCUGAUAUUCCUCAUGUUCGUGCUGAUGAUGAUGUCGACGCUGAAGGCUUUCUCAAGGACAUCAAGGUGAUGGAUAUCGACGAGCCUGAAAAACCACGCCAAGAGCAUCGCAGCAAGGACAUUAAUAAUUUUUUUUUCAGCUCCUUAUGCCAGCAACUCAGAGCCGGGAAAGAAGUUUCGCAAGUGCGAAUUGUGCAGCAAGAAGAUGAAAAAAGCGGUGGCGCUUGUCAAUGA